AUGGGACCUGAGAAUAAUAGUGUUGAUACAUUACUGUAUUUAUCAAAAGUUUUAACAAAGAAUAAAAAGAGAACAAUAAAAAUAAUUAGCUUUUUAGGUGUUAUGCUUUUGUUUGUAUCAUGUGAACUAAUAAUUAAUGGAGAAUGCUUUAUAACUUAGAAAAAUAAUUUGGAAUUUUUAGUUAUUGAUAGUAUCAUGUAUUUUGGAAUUUUUGGGAUUUGUUUCUUUGAAUUAAGAAUUUAGAUAAAAAAAAUGAAUAAGAAAUAUAUAAAUUAAAUCAGAAUGAGGGCAAUAAUAUAUGGACUUAGUAUCUACAUAAUUUUUGUAAUCAUAAUUAUAUGUCUAAGUCUUUAUCAUAUUUUAGUGCAAUCAUUUUUUUUUUUCUUUUAUUUUAAUGAAGAAUGUUUUUACCUAAAAAAUAAAACUUAAUAUUUUGUACCUCUGAAAAUAACGAUAUUUUGUAUAUUCAUUAUAGUAGAAAUUGUUAUUAUAUUCUUUUUAAAAUGGGUUUUUUAGUAAAGUUUUAAAGCUUUUAUUUUUCCUUAUAAAUCUAGAAGAACUCUUUUAGAAUUUAGAUCUGAAAGUCACGAUAUUGUACCAAUAAUUAAUUAAAUUUAAGCUUGUUCACCUUGA